AUGGAUGAAGAAGAGAGAAAGUCUCUGGAGGAGCGGUCGAAAGUCCUUCGAAUCGAGUUGAAGGUAUGGGAGAAGGAUUUUCAGAAUAAGAAUGAAGGGCACAAAGCAUCGAGGGAGGAUAUUAAAGGAAACCCCGACAUUGCUUCAAAAUACAAAGAGUUCAAUAGAGUCCGCGAUAUACUUUCCGGGAAGAUUUCGCAUAUACCUCCACCAGCAUUUAAACCAACGCCCCGAAAGAGAAGACAUGAAGAGAAUCAGAAUGAAACCCCCCAAAAACGUUUACAAGUCGACAGCACACCCUCGAAGAAUAAGAUCUUACCAUGGGAUGUUGACCCUUACCAUUCUCCCUCUGUUAUGAGAAACCUAUUUGCUACACCUUCUAAAAAGACCGCAAUUGGACCAACGCCGCAAAAAGAUGGACAAGUUCUUGGGUUAUUCGAUUUGGAUCCAGAUAGUGCCGUAGAAUCUCCCUCAACUGCCCUUGGAACAGGAAACCCAGGUAUACCACAAGCUACACCUCGAAAACAAGGAAUGACUCCAGGAAGUACACGGGCGAUUAUGCACAGCAAUACACCAUCAUCGAGAAGGACAUUGUUAUUCAGCACACCUCUCAAAAACAAAAGUGCCAAUGGUCAAGGGUCGACAACACCUUCCUCGGUCUCAAAAUUACAUUUCAACACACCAUCGUUCUUAAGAAGGGAUAGCCAACGAAUACGAAUGCCAGCUGUUGAUGAGAAUGAAGAAGGUCUACCUGAUUCCCCCGAAGUGAUUCGAGGUCCUCGAAAACCAAUGAUCAAAAGUCUAAGCAGUAUGCUUGCUGGUCUUCGAAAAAUGGAGGAAGAUGCCAUGGACGAUGAUUUAGAAGCUCUAAAUGAAAUGGAGGCCGAAUUGUUCAAUCCCUCCAAACCUGCACUGAAGCCAAAACCAAAAUCACUAUCAGCAGCCCCAUCAGAUACCCUACCAUCGAAACCCUCCACAGAAGCACCACUUCCAGAAGACACAAUUCUCAUCAAAGAUAGCCAACCACAAGAACUCCUCGGCGGUUUCGACGAUGAAGCUAUGUAUGAUAGCGAGCCCGAGGAAACGACAAAUGCUCCAACAAGGUCAUAUAAAAAGAAAGGUCAAAAACGCACCACCCGUCGCGUGAACCUCAAACCAAAUCGUACCAAGCCCUCCCAACCAACCUCAUCCACCAAAAACCACAACGCCUCAGAAAGCGAAGAUGAACUCGCCAUCCCCCACAACCACCUCGAAACUAUACCCGAAACUCAACUCGACGAUGAGUUUCCCCCACUCGGCGAUGACGAAUCUCCCCAACCCGACGAAUUCCCACCCGACGGCCGUAACUUCGACUCAGAUUCAGCUUCCGAAUACACAGCUUCAGAAGGAGGGACACGAUAUAGGAGACCAGACCAAGAUAAGACGAAGAAGAAAAAUAGGGAAAUUAAUAAGGAAGGACGGGUUAAAACGGCGGCGAGGAAGAUAAAGGCUACGGCGGGUAGUCUACAGAAUUACAAGAGAUUAAAGUUGAGGAACAGUGGAGCGAAAGGAGGACCGGGGAUUGGGAGUAGGUUUAGGAGGAAAAAGUAG